CCGACCAACCUGCCUCCAUCCUCUCUGCUCUCUCUUGUAGUCAGGCUUCCCCAGCUGUUUCCUCCACAUCUACCCUCAAUGAGCGUGCGCAAUGGGCACUCGUCAACGUGUAGGAAACCAAUAGCGCGUCGCGGUUUCACUGGCGAACCUGGAGGAGAGGAGGAGAGGAGUGAGAGACAAUAACAACACACUGACAGAGAAGAGACGGGAUGAAGAAGCACGAGCACACGGACCGUUUCCUCCGGUAAAACAAGCGGAGGAGCAGCAGGAGCCUGGAAAUCACCGGCGGAGAGCCAUGGCGACGGGAGGAGGAGGAGGAGGAGGAGGAGGAAGAGGAGGAGGAGGAGUAGUGAGGCGGAGGAGGAGGAAAGCCGGGCUCCCGGGAUUCUGCUGGAAAACCUGCUACUUUCCCAUUUUGUUCUGGGUCGUGUCCGUCUGCGGAGAGGAGAAGACGCUGAUUGUAGAGACGUGGCUGAAGAACUACGGCUACCUGCUGCCUCACGACGUCCGCACGUCAGACCUUCGCCAGGAGAAAGCCAUGCAGUCUGCCGUAGCCGCCAUGCAGCGCUUCUACGGCAUUCCUGUGACGGGAAUACUGGACGAGACGACUAUAGAGUGGAUGAGGAGACCUCGCUGUGGCGUCCCAGAUCAUCCUCACACCAGCCGCCGGCAGAGGAAUAAACGCUACGCCCUGACGGGACAGAGAUGGAGAGAUACAAAGAUCUCCUACAGCAUAUCCAACUUCACCCCUAAAGUGGGAGAGAAGGACACCCAGAGAGCGAUCCGACAAGCCUUUAACGUGUGGCAGACGGUCACUCCUCUCUCCUUCCAGGAAGUGCCGUACUCGGAGAUCAAGAACGAGGGUAAAGAGGCUGACAUCAUGAUCUUCUUCGCCUCUGGUUUCCACGGUGACAGUUCUCCGUUUGACGGAGAGGGGGGUUUCCUGGCCCACGCCUACUUCCCCGGCGCUGGCAUCGGAGGAGACACACACUUUGACUCUGACGAGCCCUGGACGCUGGGCAACGCCAACCACGAUGGUAAUGAUUUGUUCCUGGUGGCGGUCCAUGAGUUGGGUCAUGCGUUGGGUCUAGAGCACUCCAACGAUCCCAGUGCCAUCAUGGCGCCUUUCUAUCAGUACAUGGACACACACAACUUCAAACUGCCUCUGGACGACCUGCAGGGCAUCCAGAAAAUCUACGGCAUCCCCACAGCCAUGCUGGAGCCCACCAGGCCGUUACCCACCUUACCUUCACGACGGACACACUCCACCUCCGAACGCAAGCACGACCGUCACUCCCGACCGGCACGCCCGUCCGGCGACCGGCCAGCGCUGCCUGGAAAUGGCAAACCCAACAUCUGUGACGGCAACUUCAACACUGUGGCCUUCUUCAGGCGGGAGAUGUUUGUCUUCAAGGACCGGUGGUUUUGGCGUUUGAGGAACAACAAGGUGCAGGAGGGUUAUCCCAUGCAGAUCGAUCAGUUCUGGAAAGGCCUGCCACCUCGCAUCGACGCCGCUUACGAGAGAUCUGACGGCAAAUUUGUCUUCUUCAAAGGCGAUAAGUACUGGGUGUUUAAGGAGGUGACGGCUGAGCCAGGUUACCCUCACAGCCUGGUGGAGCUGGGCAGCUGCCUCCCCAAAGAUGGCAUCGACACAGCGCUGCGCUGGGAGCCGGUUGGGAAAACGUACUUCUUCAAAGGGGACCAGUACUGGCGCUACAAUGAGGAGAAGCGCACGGCCGACCCAGGAUACCCCAAAUCCAUCGCUGUGUGGAAGGGAAUACCGGACGCACCGCAGGGGGCCUUCAUCAGCAGGGAGGGAUACUACACGUACUUCUACAAGGGGAAGGAAUACUGGAAGUUCGACAACCAGAAGCUGAACGUGGAAUCCGGAUACCCCAAGUCCAUCUUGCGCGACUGGAUGGGUUGCGACCAGUCUGACAUGGAGCGCUCUGGCAGCAAGGGUAACCGCGGAGACCGCCAGCUGCCCCUUGACGAUGUGGACAUCAUGGUGACCAUCAACGACGUCCCAACGACGGUCAACGCCAUCGCCGUGGUGAUCCCCUGCAUUCUGUCGCUGUGCAUUCUGGUGCUGGUGUACACAAUAUUCCAGUUUAAAAACAAAGGAGUGCAGCAGAACACCAUGACGCAGCACUACUACAAAUACCCUGUUCAGGAGUGGGUAUGACAGGCAACUGUGCUUUGAAGAGGUCAAAGUUCAUGGAUUGAAGGCGUCAAGCAGUCGUUAAACUGUCAGCUAGCUUAUGUUAGCUAAUGGCCGAGAACGCUAGCAAAAAACAUUGGAAAGUCAAUGCUGAAAAAUGCUAAUUGUGCUAGCUAGUGAUAAUAGGUCGGACAAUGAUGAUGCUAUUCGGGAGUAGAUUUAGACAUUGGCUCAGAGUGUGUGUAUGCAAGUAUGUGUGUGUGUGAGAGAGAGAUUCGUGCCUGUCUUGUGACUCAAGCACUUCAGUAUAGAGCAGCAAGGAUACUGAUUUAGACUUUUCCCGUUCCUCACUAGGAAUGGACGCUUAAAACAAACAUGGGUGAGGACAGCAAGAACAAGUCCGCAAAGGAGGAUCUGAUUGGCUAAGGACAGAUAACACACCUGAUCUGUCCACAACAUCUCUGGCUAAAUGAAACGGGGUCUUAUGAGUGACACUGAACUUUGACUAUUACUUCUGGGACCUACAACACGACCCUCCUUCUCAGUGAAAAGAAAAAGAAAAAGGAUUUGGGGCAGAAUAAAUAUGCUCCUUAAAGCCAGACGCCACCUCCAAGUUUGUUCUAACAACAACUUGUGCACGUGAACUAUUUCAACUAUUAAGUUAGAUGAAAUUUAAUGAAAAAAAAAGAAAAGAAAUGGUUUAAAAAUAUCAAACUUGAAGAUAAAAUGUAGGUAGAAAGGCCAUAACUAAAAGAAAACCAAGGAUCUCUCUGUCGAUCUGAAUUUAAUUUAAAUUAUUUAUACUUGUAUGGAGCUGUAAAACUGUCAAAGAGGACCUUUUCUCUCUUUUUUUACCGCAGACAACAAAAAAAUACAUCUUCACCACCAUUAGCUCAGACCUUUGUCAGCUUAAAACUCCCCCUGCUUUGAUUUACACAGCUUGGACUGAUGGGUUUUCGCAGAUGUAGAAUAACUAGUCAUCGGCAUAUAAUGAUAGAAUAGAUGAAUGACAGUUCAACAGCCUUACCUCUGUCUCAACAGGCGUAACACAAUGGCUUUUAUUUAACAAGCUGCACACAACCAGGGCUCAUAUUUAUCAAACUGAAACUUUUACUCCUAUUCACAAAUUUCAAAAUAAAAGCUGCUUAUGUUUUUAGUGAUUGUACAAAACAUCAUUGGUUACGAUGAGUAAUACAUUUGCUGAGUGUUAUUCUGAAAAAAAAAGUCAUUUUAGCCCACUAUUUGCAUUUUAUUUGAACAUUUGAUUGGACUUUACACCACUUUGUCUUUUUUGGCAUGUAGCAGUGGUGCAAACAACAACAAAGCUGUUGCAUUCAAGUUCUUUGACAUACCUUUUCUACACACUGCAGAAUUUCUUGCAGUGGAAUUGUUUUCCAUUUCAGCCAAUUUC